UCACGACCUUUUCAAUAGUGUUUUGCACGCUAAGUUAGGCUCAAAACGUUUGACUUUCAAGCCUGUUAAACCCACUUUAUAAGAUGUAAGUUAACUUGCACGGCAGUCAUUAAGUGUGUAUGUAACCAAGUGGAUACAUUUCUGGUAAACGCUCCUCUGCUACAAGACAUGUUCUCCGACCUGAGUGCCCAGAAGGAGGGCUCCUCUCUGCUCCGCCGCCCUGCCUCCGAGGACCAGGGCCCGGUGUUUGAGAGACUGUUGCUGGCCUACAGUCCCUGCUCCGAGCGCUACAAAGUCGGGGAGAGGAGUUUCAGUCGUCAGUAUGCUCAUAUUUACGCAGCACGACUCAUGCAGAUGAGGCCCUUGCUCUCAGAGAGAGCCCAGCAGAAGUGGGGAUCGGACGUGCUUAUCAGGAAGCUGUGUGAUCUUCAGACAGGGGAGCAAUGUUGCAUUGUGGGAACCUUGUUCAAGCGUAUGGACUUGCAGCCAUCUAUCCUGAGAGAGAUUAGUGAUGAGCACAACCUGCUGCCCCAGCCUGCACGAGCCAAAUACAUCAGUGAAACAGAUGAACUGAUUCUGGAGGAUGAGCUACAGAGGAUCAAACUUGAAGGCAAAAUUGACAGAGACAAGUGUGUCACAGGUAGUGUUAUUGCAAUAUAUGGAGCCGAAAGGAAUGAUGGGAAGUUCACAGUUGAGGAGUUUUGCAUGGCUGACCUUCCUCUGCAGACAACAAGACCCGUACUCAGCUCUGACAGGUUUGUGCUCCUGACCUCGGGACUUGGUCUCGGCAGUAGUCACGCCGACAGCAUGCUGGGGCUACAGCUGCUGGUUGACAUGGUAACAGGUCAACUCGGAGACCAGAGGGAGCAGAGUGGGGCAGCAACAAUUUCCAGGGUCCUGCUGGCUGGAAACCUCCUGAGCCAAAGCACCCAGGACAAGGACGCAUCAACGAAGCCCAAGUACCUCACCAAGAAGACUCAGGCCGGCAGCGUGGAGGCCAUUCGUCUGCUGGAUGAGUUGCUGCUUCAGCUGGUGGCAUCUGUUCCAGUAGAUGUAAUGCCGGGCCAGUAUGACCCCACCAACUACACCCUCCCACAGCAGCCUCUCCACCGCUGUAUGUUCCCCUUGUCCUCUGCGUACCCCACCUUACAGUUGGCCUCCAAUCCAUACAUGGCUAACAUUGAUGGCGUGAGGUUCCUGGGCACAUCAGGCCAGAAUGUCUGUGAUAUUCAGAAGUACAGCAGCUUGGACAGUCACCUGGAAAUACUGGAGGAAACGCUACGACUCCGACACCUGGCCCCUACGGCACCUGAUACUCUAGGUUGUUUCCCAUUUUACCAAAAAGACCCUUUCAUCUUGGAAGAGUGUCCCCACGUUUACUUCAGUGGCAAUGCCCCAACCUUUGAGUCCAAGCUCAUCAAAGGUCCCGAUGGCCAAGAAGUCCUUUUGGUUACUAUUCCAGAGUUCAGCAGCACCCAAAUAGCAUGCCUGGUUAAUUUACGUACUCUUGAAUGUGAGCCAGUCAGCUUCUCUGCCUUCUCCGCUGACGACGAUGAGGAAAGUGAGAUGAACAUCAGCCACUGAGGGUCCAUAUCCACAUACAGUACAUGAUGACACUUCUUGGACACUAUUGACGCAUAUUCAGACUGAUUUCUCCUGACCACAAACUAAUCACAUCAACGUUGGGCCAAGAAUUACAGUCCCUGAUGCUGUUCAGUAUCGUAAAGGUCAAUGAACUCCUGUUAACCAGAAAUCAGCGUUUACCGUGGUGCUAAAAAAAGAGAAGACAAGUGUUGUGUAGUAACAAGCCUUUAUUUGAAAAAUAACCCAGCUGUGUCUGAGGAAACAUGACAGAAGACUCUUUCCUUGUGACUCUGUUUCCAACUUUGAACAAAUGCAUUUUAAACCUUUAGUGACUGUUCAUAAUGUAAAAACAUUUCUGCCAUGGGUGGAGACGAGUGUACAUAAUACAACUCUGGGAAAUCUGACAUAUACAACCAGUUAACAGAUCAGAUAUUGAUAUAUCCCUGUGAUCACUCAGAUGAAGGUUAGUUUUAAAGUCACUGAAGUAAGGUGUAUGUUGGAAGUGUUUUCAAAAAAAAAAAAAAAAAAAAAAAA